AUGAAUUCGGUUUCUGGGAAGUACCUACGGUACAUUCUAUUUGUGGUUUUGGGCCUUACAAUUCUACAUUUUAUAUCCUCCUCCUCGUUACCUCUUCCAAACGCCAACAAUGUCGUAUCGAACCUCAAGCCAGGAGCGAUUAAACCUGACUUUAGUUCUCUGUCUCAAUCACUAUUUUCAGAGAAGUCUACUGAAAUCCUAACAGUUUUAUUGGCCUCGGCUCUAGCUCUCGCUGCUCCUGCGCAACGUCCCGCCUACGAACGAGUAAACGCUACCUUUGUGACCCUAGCCAGAAAUGAGGAUGUCUGGGAUAUCUCCAAAUCGAUCCGUCAGGUGGAGGACCGCUUCAACAGAAAUUAUCACUAUGAUUGGGUCUUUAUCAACGAUAAACCUUUUAACGAUGAAUUCAAGAAGGUUACUUCCGCGCUCGUAUCCGGGAAAACCCAUUACGGACACAUUCCGUCCGAGCACUGGUCGUUCCCGGACUUCAUCGACCAAGAAAGGGCCGCUAAGGUGCGAGAAGAUAUGAAAGAGAAACAAGUCAUAUAUGGAGACUCCAUUAGUUACAGGCAUAUGUGUCGAUAUGAAUCUGGUUUCUUUUUUCGCCAUGAGCUCCUCAAUCAAUUUGACUACUACUGGCGUGUGGAGCCCAGUGUUGAGUAUUUCUGCGACAUCAACUUCGACCCCUUCAAGUUUAUGAAAGACAACAAGAAGAAAUACAGCUUCGUUCUUAGUCUCUACGAAUACAAGGAAACCGUACCUACGCUCUGGGACAGUGUUAAGAAGUUCAUGGAAAAAUACCCUCAACACAUUGCCGAGGACAACAAUAUGGACUUCAUCAGCUCGGACGGAGGAGACACAUAUAAUCUGUGCCAUUUCUGGUCGAAUUUCGAAGUCGGCGAUAUAAACUGGCUACGAUCUCAAGAAUACCUCGAUUACUUCGAUGUUCUCGAUAAGGACGGAGGAUUCUUCUACGAAAGAUGGGGCGACGCCCCAGUCCACUCCAUCGCUGCGGCUCUCAUGCUGAAAAAGGAGGAAGUACACUUCUUCAAUGAAAUCGCCUACCGCCACGUUCCAUUCGUCCACUGCCCAACGGGAGAGCAGAAAAGACUAGAUCUGAAAUGCCACUGCAAUCCCAAAGACAACUUUGACUGGAAGGGACAUUCUUGCACAUCUCGAUACUUCGAUGUCAACAAGCUAAAGAAGCCCGAAGGCUACGAGGAGGAGCAGGAUUGA